UUGUCAUGUGAUGGCAAGCAGUUGUAAGACAGGUGCCUUCAGUUCAUUCUCACUAAGGGGGCAGUUCCCUGAGUGAGAGCUUCCAGUGAAAGAGAGGGGGAGAGAGAGAGAGAGUGUGUGUGUGUGUAUGUAUGUAUGUAUGUGUGUGUGUGAGUGAGUGAGAGAGAGAGAGAGAGAGUGUGGGGGGAUUUUUUUUCUUUUUUUCGUGCGCCGUCAUUCACUGGCUGGAUGGCGUGGGACAGGUGCUGCAACCAGGAGUCUUCGUGGAGUGACAUAGAGGUGAGCUGCUGUAAAAAAAACGAGUGCUCUGUGAACUGCUGUAGGGGUCGGAACGUUUUCAGGAAGAUGGACCAUGGAGAUCCUCACAGACUGGUGUGCUGCUCUGGUUGGUGAAGACCAGCCACUUUGCUCCGAUCUCCCCGAGCUUGACCUCUCUGAACUGGAUGUCAGUGACCUGGAUGCAGACAGCUUCCUGGGUGGACUCAAAUGGUACAGUGACCAAUCAGAAAUCAUUUCCAGUCAGUAUGGCAAUGAGUCUUCAAAUUUGUUUGAGAAGCUAGAUGAGGAAAAUGAGGCCAAUUUGCUGGCAGUUCUUACUGAAACCCUGGACAAUAUCCCGGUGGAUGAAGAUGGACUGCCUUCAUUCGAUGCGCUGGCAGAUGGGGACGUGACCAGUGCCAGCAAUCUUAGCCGCCCAUCAACACCCGAUGGCUCCUCUCCAGUCCCAGAGGCAGAAGAGCCGUCUCUAUUGAAGAAGCUUCUGCUGGCACCUGCCAACUCGCAGCUUAGUUAUAAUCAAUACACAGGUGGCAAUGCGCAGACUAAUCCUAGGAUGAGGCCAGCCCCUGCUGUUGUCAAGGCUGAAAGCAUUUGGAACAGCAAACCAAGGGUCACCUGCCAGCAGCAGCCGAAGCCACAGAGACGUCCAUGCUCUGAGUUACUCAAAUACCUAACUUCUAGCACUGAGCCUACAGAGACCAAACCCAGGGAACUGAAAAGCAACAGCAAGGACAAAAACGGCACAGCCUACACUUUGGCCUCUUCUUCCUCCUCCUCCUCCACUUCCUCUUCCUUCAAAAAGAAGUCACAGCUGCCACCUCAGCAGCCACCGCAUCACCAGCCAGAAGACCUCCCACACUACUUCAAACAGGAAAACCAGCAAUGCAGGCUUUCAAACAGCAAGUACUUCGACGAUGAGGUCCACACACAGUUAGCCAAACCAACCACCUUGCCUCUUCCUUUGACCCCAGAGUCUCCAAAUGACCACAAAGGAUCUCCAUUUGAGAGUAAAACCAUUGAACGUACAUUGAGUGUUGAGCUUUCUGGAACAGCAGGUCUGACACCUCCCACCACCCCUCCUCACAAAGCCAACCAGGAUAAUCCUUUCAAGCCAUCAGUAAAAACCAAGUUGCCCCCAUGCAACAUUUCAUCCCUGCCAUGCAAAAAGCCUCAUUACAACAGUACCAACAGUUGUUCUUUGGUAACAAACCCAAUUAAGAAGGGUCCAGAACAAACAGAACUGUAUGCCCAUCUCAGCAAGGUUCCAGCAUUACCGGUCGGGUCAGAGGAGCGAAAGGUAAAACGAUCUAAUACACGCUUGUUUGGUGACCACGAUUAUUGCCAGUCUUUAAAUAUAAAGGGGCAAGUUUCCCUUAACCGGCUGCAGGACAGUCAAGAAGGCAGGCAUCAAGAAUGUAAAGACUUCUCUUUAUCGCCUGUGAAGCAGGAAUGUGCAUUUCUACCAGGCCAAGGCCAGCAGUUCAGCAAAGAAGGAGAGCAACAUGAAGGUGGUUCUUUAGAGUGCAGUCACUCAAAUAGUAGGAAGCUACUCAAAGACCAAGAAAUUCGAGAGGAACUAAAUAAGCACUUUGGUCACCCCCAACAAGCUGUCUUCAGCAAGGAGGAGGAAAAGUUUAAUAGUACUCAGACAGAAACUAACUCUGGUGAUGAGUAUUACUGUAAACUGUCUGGGUAUGUCCAUCCUGGACUACCAUUGGAAGGAGUGUUCGAUGACAGUGAAGAUGAGAGUGACAAGUUCCUGUAUCCCUGGGAUGUGACGCAUUCGGACCUGUUGUUUGAAGGUUCCCCUUCCUGUUCACCUUCAAGUUGUUCCCCAUCCCGGAGUUCAGUUUCCCCUCCCAAAUCACUUUUCUUUUCAGAGCGUCUUCACCGUUCCAGAUCAACAUCGCAGUCUCGAUCCAGGACCAGGUCUUACCAUCGACGCUGGUCCUGCUCGAGAUCACCUUACUCCAGAUCAAGGUCACGAUCCCCCUACAGCAGGUCUUUGUCACGCACCCGCUGCGACUACGACUCAGGUCAUAACAGACCCAGAUCCCACAGAAGUCCACAUUCGUAUUCAAGAUCACGAUCCAGGUCUCCCUAUAAUCGAAGACCAAGGUAUGAUAGUUAUGAAGAAUACCAGCAUGAGAGGUUAAAGAGAGAAGAGUAUCAACGAGAUUACGAGAAGCGUGAAUUUGAAAGAGCUAAACAGAGAGAAAGACAAAGGCAGAAGGCAAUUGAGGAAAGGCGUGUUGUGUAUGUGGGUAGACUAAGGUCUGACAUAACCCGGACAGAGCUGAAGCAUCGCUUUGAAGUUUUUGGUGAAAUCGAAGAGUGCACCGUAAACAUGAGAGAUGAUGGAGAUAAUAUUGGUUUCAUCACCUACCGCUAUACAUGUGAUGCCUUUGCUGCCCUUGAAAAUGGACACAGCUUACGUCGGCUCAAUGAACCUCAGUUUGAGUUGUGCUUUGGGGGAUGCAAGCAGUUCUGCCAAUCAAAUUACACAGAUUUAGAUUCCCAUUCAGAUGAUUUUGAUCCUGCUGCUACUAAAAGCAAGUACGACUCCUUGGAUUUUGAUAGCUUGCUGAAAGAGGCUCAGCGUAGUCUGCGCAGGUAACUAAUCUAAAACUUGCCAUAGGCAGAGGGAUUCAUAAUACCUCAUGGAUGUUCCGUCCUUCAAGAAGUAAAACUGUCAUGAAUUUUACACUCUAAUGUAUGGAAGAAAAAAAAAUAUAUAUAUAUAAAUAAAUAUAUAUCUUCGUGAAAAUAAAGUUUACAUGAACAUAGCUGCUGAGGAACUGAAAAAGAGUGAUUAUUAAACAACAGUGAUGAAGUCAUCCAGACAACCAAUAAGCCGUCAUACCGAAACCAAUAUUUCUGUACAUUAGUACAUGAAAAAUGUCAACGGAAGAUCUUCCAUGCUCCUGCAAAUAGCUCUGUGACUGUUGGAAAUGUGCAGCUUGUUCAGUUUAUCUUUUUUUUCUUUUCCCUGAUGUUUUGGAUGUGGUGUUACAUUAAGUAAUAAGAGUUGGGAAUAAAUACAAGGGUUUGUUUGUUUGUUUUUUUUUUUCAGACUUUUUUUGGACUAAAUUCUGAAAAAGGAAAAUAUAGUUGCAGAAGAGCAAAUUAAAUGGAGUAUUUUUUAUUUUGUGUACAUAAAAUGACAAAGUUGUUUAUUUGUUACAGCUAUGCACUGUAAAAAUGCAGCCUUCUUUUCAAUGAUGCUGAAGUUUUCUUAAUCAAGAAUGUUAAAUUGCAGUUAUUAAAAUGUUGAAAUCUUAUAUACCCCAAAUCAUUUGAAGAACUAAAGAUGUGCUAAUAUGAUUGUAUGACUAUGCGAGUGUGGGUCUUCAGAGGUUUUUUUUGUUUUGUUUUUUGUUUUUUACUUUUCAUUCAAGGUUGUCAAUGUCCUUUAACCCUGUUUAAUGUGGUUGGAGUAUCAUUUUUGGCUUCAAACUUGCCGAAUCAGUAUUUUAUCUCUAUCACUUGUGUAAAGUUCAUCUUUCUCAGUUUGAAGUUUCUUGUUGGUUUUGUAUUUUUUUUAAAUUAUGUGAAGCUUUCCGAUGGCUAACCAUGGAAAGAACUUUGUGUGUGUGUUUAUGUGCUAUAUAUAGUACAGUAAUUUAAUUCAGCUUUACUAAAUGAAGAUGUUGAUAAUCAUUAGUUGCAUUCACCUAUGUUCAUGGCAAUCAGUCAUGCAAAAGAAAUUCAUUCAGUAUCAUCAUGAAUCAAGUGAUCCUCCUAUCAUGAUGCUUUUCCACCUUGUAUGUUUAUUUUAGUUUAUAUUUCCUAACCCUCUCAUUAGCAUAAACCUUUACUGGGCUGUAAGUAUUUUGUUUCUGGGCCGUAUUUAUCUGUAUUUAUUUUUUACUUAAAAAGUUUUAUAAAAAUAUCUACUUGGAACAUACAGAGCGUAAUGCAUUUAACUAUUUAUUCUGUUAAUUAUUUAAUUUUUUUAUUUAAUAUUUGAGGAUAAAAAUGUCACAGAACAUGCAUCAAUGGGGCAUAGUGCUAUUUCAUGCCUUAUUAUAAAUGACAGAGCAACAGCUAAAGUUUCUAUUUUCAUAAAAGCACUAUGUUAGCCACUUCCCAUGCUUACUUACAAAUGUUUCCUACUCCACUUAUCUGUGCAUUCUGCUUCAAGUUCAGCAUCUGUUGCUUGUAAGAUUUUCUGGCUUAUUUUUGCUUCUGAUUUUCCUUUUUUUAAUUAUAGUGUUUAAAGCAAUAAGGAUUAAAUGGUUUUCACAGGUACUUUGUGUUCCUAGUAUAAUGCUCUGGGUGUUUUAUAGAUAAGUUGCUCGAUUAUGUGAAUGCCAAACAGAGGUUUACAGUUUUCUUUCCUGGAUUUUUAAAUCUUAUCUUUGUUGUAAAAUAAAUAAUAUAUAUAUAUAUAUAUAUAUAUAUAUAUAUAUAUAUAUAUAUAUAUAUAUAUAUAUAUAUAUAUAUAUAUAUAAAACUAAUAUUGAAAACAGGAAACGCAUAACAAAAGAAACAAACAAAAGCAAUAAAUUAUUUUUUAAAAAAUUCAAAAGCUAGCUUAUUAUGUUUAUGUGGUCCUGUACCAGGCACGUUACCCAGUUUGCUCACAGACGUUUUCUAGGAGUUCAUUCCAGUUUGUCAUACCACAAUUUUUACUUUCCUGCCCAUAAUUUUGAGCUUAUGGAUCUAAAAAUGUGUUGGCUAUGCUGUGUCACAGUUAUUUUUACGCCUCUCUUUGUGGUCUGCCUUUUGUCUCUCUCUUUUCUAUCUUAUAUUUAUGUAAAAACAUAUACAAUAUGUGUGUAAGUAUAUCAUAUAUAUACACUGAUCAGCCACAACUUUAAAACUGCCUGCCUAAUAUUGUUUAGGUCCCCCUCAUGCUGCCAAAAUAGCUCUGACCCGUUGUGUCAUGGACUCCACAAGACCCCUGAAGGUGUCCUGUGGUAUUUGGCACCAAGAUGUUAUUAGCAGAUCCUUUAAGUCCUGUAAGUUGCGAAGUGGGGCUUAUUUUUGUAGCACAUCCCACAGGUGCUUGAUUAGAUUGAGAAAUGAGGAAUGUGGAAACCAAGUCAACAACUCAACAUCUUUCCCACAUUCCUCAAACCAUUCCUGAACAAUUUUUGCAGUAUGGCAAGACAUAUUAUCCUGUUAAACAGAGGCCACUGCUAUCAGGGAAUACCGGUGGCGUGAAGGGUUGUACGUGGUCUGCAACAAUCUUUAGGUAGGUGUUAUGUGUCAAAGUAAUGUCCACAUGAAGGCCACAACCCAAAAUCUCCAAGCAGGACAUUGCCCAGAGCAUCACACAAGCUCUGCUGGCUUGCUUUCUUCUCAUAGUGCAACCUGCUGCCAUCUCUUCCCCGGGUAAAUGAUGUAUACACACCCAGCCAUCCACUUGAUCUAAAAAAAAAACGAUUCAUCAGACCAGGCUACCUUCUUCCAGUACUCCGUGAUCCAUUGUAGGUGCUUUAAGUGGUGGACAGGGGUCAGCAUGGGCACUCGGACUGGUCUGUGGUUAUGCAGCCCCAUGUGCAGCAAGUUGUCAUGAACUGUGUGUCCUGACACCUCUCCCUCAUGGCCAGCAUUAAGGUUUUCAGCAUUUUGUGCUAUGGUGGCCCUUUCGUAGUAUUGGACCAGACAGGCUAACUUUUGCUCCCCACAUAUAUCGGUGCCUAUGACCCUGCUGCCAGUUUACUGCUUGGCCUUUAAAGGACCACUUUUGGUAGAUACUAAUCACCGCAGACUGGGAAUACUCCACAACACCUACUAUUUUGGAGGUGCUCUUACUCAGUUGUCUAACCAUCACAUUUUGGCCCUUAUCAAAGUCUCUCGGGUCCUUAACACUUGCCCAUUUUCCCUGCUUCCACACAUCAUCUUCAAGAACUGACUGUUCACUUGCUGGUUAAUAUAAUCCACCCCUUGACAGGCACAUUUGUGACAAGAUAAUGUUAUUCACUUGACCCGUCAGUGGUUUUAAUAUUGUGGCUGAUCAGUGUUUGUAUAUAUAUAUAUAUAGUAUAUUUAUAAAUAUGCUAUUUAUAUAUAGAUUUACACCAUAUACACUAUAUAUGUAUGAGGUUUUAUAUAUAUUUAAUAUUAAUACCCUUGGCAAAAGCCACUUUAUUAAGGGAACUGAAAGUUCCUUUUGCUAGUUGCACUGCAAUAAUAUCUACAAAAUGUUUAUCAGUGACAAAAAGCCAAACAGAAGCUGUACUUUGUUUACUUCCCUAAUCAUGCUUACAGUGAAGGUGAAAUGACAGUUACCUUUAAUAUGAGACAAAAGAUAACCUCUACUUGUGUCCCAUUGAUUUUGUAUUUUGAUUGUAUCCGGCAUUCAAGCGAUGACGAAGCUCAAUUACCUCAGAAGUUAUAGAAAACUUCUGAGAGAAAACUUAUUGAUUCUGGUGUACCUAUUUGCAUCUCUUUGCAGAUGAGAGCUUUUUUAUCUCAAGUGGGAAAAAAAAGACUGUAAAGCCAGUAAAGAAAACAAAAACUUUAUUUUACUUUGUGUUUAAUUUAUAUCUUCCUCCCUCUCCCUGUGUUUCUUUCCUUCUUGUCUGGAGCUUGGGUAAUGGUGUCCUGUUCCAUUUUGAUGGCUGCAGCUUUCGUCAUUGUAAAAUAAAAUCUGCUUUGUAAAUUGCGUAGAGUAGCAAUAUUAUAUAACACUUGAUGAUUCAAUAUUUUAACUGUGUGACAGACUUUUUAAUAAUAAGAAAUUCUGAAGAAUAUGGCACUGCUUAAUGUCUGUGGGUGAACAUACUUUUUGUUGGUAGAACUAUCCCAAGGGAGAGGGAGUGUGAGCUGUCUAUCUGCGUCCUGUCCAGGUUGCCUUCCAUUCACCAACUCUUUACUAAUAUCUUUGUGGUUCUACCCAUUGUAUAAAAUUAUUGUGAUUUAUUUUUUUUAUGUGCAAUUCUCAUCAGCAUCACCAAACUAAUAAAGGGAAACACAUGUUUCAAAGUA